CGCCCCUCUCUACGAACGUCACGCGGAGAUCGUCAGGUCAGAGCCUGGCAACAGGUGUUGAAGCAAAUGAAAAAGCGUUGCAGCGGCGGUAGCAGGCUAUGUGGAGGAAGCGGCGGUUGUUUCGCGUCGCGAUGCUGAGCACUUUUGCUGUCGUCGUAAUAUAUUAUACGACGUCGCAGUUACGCACUAUACAAAAAUGGCGCAACAGACGAAAGGUCGGGUCCGCGCCGCGCUGGGAGCCCGUCGUCCUCAUGAACGAGCUCCAGUACGUCGGGACGGAGAGGGAUGAGGACGCGUUCGUUCGUCACGCCUUCAAUCUGAGCAGCAGCAACUUGCUUCCCAGCGACAGGGCGUUACCAGACACCAGGCACACCAGGUGUCACGACCCGUCGAACUACGGCGAGCUGCCGCUGGAGACAACGUCUGUCAUCGUCGCCUUCCACAACGAGGCGCGGUCUGCGCUACUCCGAACCGUCAUCAGUGUGCUCAACAGGACGCCGUCCGAUCUAGUCGAGGAGGUGAUCCUGCUGGACGACUGCAGUGACAACGAGGAAGAUGGAGCCCUCCUGUCAUCCCUCCCCAAAGUUCGAGUGAUCAGAAACCAGGCAAGGGAAGGUCUCGUCAGAUCUCGCAUCCUGGGGGCUCUAGAGGCUCGAGGGGACUUCCUCAUGUUCCUCGAUAGCCACUGCGAAGUCAAUGUGGGUUGGCUGGAGCCUCUUCUUGAAAGAGUUACCCAGAACCCACAGACUGUGGCAAGUCCAGUCAUUGAUGUCAUAGACAUGGACACAUUCCAGUAUCGCCCGACCUCGUCACAGCUCAAGGGAGGAUUUGAUUGGAGCCUGCACUUCAAAUGGGUCCCACUGAGCCACAAACAGAGAGAACAGCAAACCAACCCAGCAGAACCCUUCCUGAGUCCUGCCGUUGCAGGUGGCCUGUUCCUAGUGUCCCGCAACUGGUUCCGAAUGCUUGGGAUGUUUGACUCCGGAUUACACAUCUGGGGAGGAGAGAGCUUAGAGAUAUCACUUAAGAGCUGGCUGUGUGGGGGAAAGGUCGAAGUGGUGCCUUGCAGCAGGGUUGGGCAUGUAUUUCGCAGGAGACACCCCUACACCUUCCCCAGGGGCAAUGCCAAUACAUAUCUCAGGAACAGCAAGAGGGUAGCUGAGGUGUGGCUUGGAGACCACAAGAGGUUCUUCUAUGAGGCCCAGCCUAAUGCCAGGAUGAUGGAUGCCGGAAGCUUACAGGAACAACAUGAGGUGAAGAGCCAAUUGGACUGCAAACCUUUUCAGUGGUAUUUGGAAAACAUCUUUCCUGAGCUCAAGUUGCCAAAUGAAGAGAAUUCCGCAUUUGGACAACUGAGACAGGGUUCCUUGUGUCUGCAGUCUGUAGAAGAGAGUUCUGCUAUAAAACUGGCAGAGUGCAGUGAAUCAGAACCCUCUCAACAUUCCUGGGCAUUUAGUGUCCAUACUGCAAGCAUCCAACAUAGGAAACUGUGCCUCACAGUCCACGACAGAGCCAAGUGCCCAGUGCUGGAAACAUGUACGCAGUCGUACCAGCAGAAGUGGAGUCGCCAUGGAAGAGCUGUUGUACUGUUAUCUUCAGGGCAGUGUCUAGAAUCUGGGACGACAUCAGAAGUGAGGCUGUCUGAGUGUCGCCGUGGGGCUGUGUCACAACAGUGGGACUUCACAGUUGAGCUACAAGCUCAGGAUGACCAUCCUGUUAACAUCACAUGACCCUGGAUACCAAACUUCCUGUUUAUUCUACACAGUCAGAGGGAAUGUAAUGCUUUCUAGCAUGGGGUUCAUCACAAUAAUAUUUAAAAUUUCAGUUCCAACCUCAUAGAAAACAUACUGUGUCUUCGUCAAAGAGACCACCCAGUUAAUGUUGUUUAAGGAUAAAAACCUCCAUUUAGUGUGAUAAUCAUAUGAAACUCAUAAAAUCACUGCGUGAGCAAAAUGUACAGGUUCUAAAUGUUAAAAGUAGCCUGUAUAUAUAGUUACUGCCAUGCUUUAAAGCAUUAAUUCAUGUCAGACAUGGAACUAAAUCUGCUGGAAGAUAUUCACUAAGUGCUUCUACAUUUGUGACCCAGACAGAGAAGAAUGGGGAGCAAGAUCAAAUAUAUAACAAUUACUCAGUGAUGUAAACUUUUACAAAUAAGUACUAAGAGCAAAAUUUAUAAUUCAUGAAUAUUAACACAUCCAGUUUGAACUUGAAAUUCGUGGGACAUCCUGUGUAGUUCACUCAUUUUUCUCCAUGAAAACAGUUUUGCAGUGAGACACACAUCUGAUAGUUUAGUGAGACUCCUUCUUAUAUGGUGUCUAACCUCGUCUCUCUUAAUAUCAUAUUAUAAACCUAUGGAAAUAAUUACAAUCCUCUGCAAACUCAGAUAUAUCUGACCAUGGGCAUUUAACACAAAAAAGAUGUAUCCAGUGCCAGAAUCAGGCAGUCUGGGACGCUGUGGAGUUUCUCUGUUGCCACACAUACAGGCUCAUAGAAUAUUUGGAUAUGAGCAGAACACAAAAGGACUAGGGACUGAAAUAAAAGAUGAACUUCAGAAGAAACUCCCAGGGCUCUGGAGAAAAUGAGUGAUGGUUAAUUGAAUCUUGUGUUCUACUGCCAAUUUCCAGCAUGUAAACAACUUCAGUAAAGUGUCUGUGUAAGAGAAGAAUGAAAUAUUUGGGGGAAAGCAUUACAAGUAUCAGAACCACUGGGGACAGGCAGUGACAUCAUACUGUCAGCAUGGUGUCUCACACAGAUAACAAGUAAUAACAGUCAAACACAUGAAAUAUAUAAAGUCAAGUCUCAUUUGAGGACAGCGAGGCAGGUUGAUGUGUUUUUUUUAUUGCUAGUGGGGUGGGACUAAGUCCCUUGUACUGCAGCCACUUCUGGC